GCGAGAAAAGUGCCUUUUCGCCGAAAUUGUCCGAGAACGAAAAUCCAAGAGGAGGUGCAGGCAUUGGCGUGGCUAAAUUCCACGAGUGGAUUUUUGCCCCGAAGACAGUUAGCGGGUGGAUGGAAGGCUCGGAGAAUGGGCAGAUGAGACUCCUGUUAAUGAAUCUAGUGGCUCGGAUGAUAAGCGGGGGGUCGGUUACCGUUACGCAGCCCAAUUCUAUGGCGGCGAGCCCGCUCACUCACGGGAGUUCGUUGCUUUUCCAUGCCAUUAAUAAGCCCCCUCCGCGCUUCGACCCUUCAUUCGCUGGAUUCGAGUCUGAGAUUGUCUGGCAAGCAGGCGAGCGUUUGGAUUCUACGUGCAGUGCUGAGCAUCGGACCACCAAUGAUUAUGCAGUCGAAGCAGCUGUCGAUCUGCACUAUGAGCUGAAGAGCAUUAUCGAAUUCCGUCUUCAGCGAAGAAUUACCGAAGAAUUACCAGGAUGGUUCAAUUUCUCGCCUCGAGAUCCAGCACUGACUUUAGCCUCCUUCUCUUACGAUUGCUUCUGGUUACAAGUUCUUUGAAUCCAGGAGCGUGCAGUCAAGUCCCUCGUGGAGCAGAUUCUGCUACUGCUGCAGAGAAUCCACUGACGAGAAUCGUGGGAGUAGAUCCACAGCAGCAGGAUGGCCGCGUGCAAGCAAUGCAUCCGGUGUCUCCACUUUUGACUUCUGAAGAAGUUGAACGAUUGAACAGCUUCGAUGGAGAGCCUUCUGUGGAAGCUGCUGGCGUUACGAGAAGAGUGGCUCCGUUCUCCGUUGGGCAAUGGAACUAUGCACACGCGACUUUCUACGGAGACGAAACAGCUCAAGACACGAUGCAAGGUGCGUGCGGUUAUGGUAACAUGUAUCAGCAAGGAUAUGGCACGGCCACGACAGCCUUGAGCUCCACCCUGUUCGACAACGGAUUCGCAUGUGGACGCUGCUUCGAGAUUCGAUGCGUCGCUUCAUGGGCUUGCUACUUGGGGAACCCGUCUACGAUCGUGACGGCCACAAACUUCUGCCCCGCGAACUGGCUCAAGCCAACGAACAACGGAGGAUGGUGCAACCCUCCUCGCCAACACUUCGACAUGUCGAAGCCAGCUUUUGAAAAGAUUGCUGCCUGGCGGGCCGGAAUCGUUCCCGUUGCAUAUCGCAGAGUCCCGUGCUCGAAACAGGGGAGCAUGGAGUUCAGAAUCGAGGGCAACCCGUGGUGGCAUAUAGUAUUCAUAACCAACGUCGGAGGCCCCGGCGACAUCGGGGAGGUUUACAUUCGAGGCUCCGGCACGAAGCGCUGGGUUCGCAUGAGCCACAACUGGGGAGUGGGGUUCCAAGUCUUCGGAGGCUACCUCGGCCAAGGCCUGUCGUUCAUGGUCAUCUCGAGCUCCAACCUCGAGACCGUCAUGGCCUGGAACGUGGUUCCGGCGAACUGGCGACUGGGUCAAACAUUCAGCGGCGGCCAAUUCCAACACCCUCGCUGAAACUGCUUUCCCCCAGGCCGCCAUUGAGCUGCUACGCCGUCGUAGAGCAUCUGAGCUAAUGUGGAGUUGUAUACUGCCAGUCACCAUUUGCAUAUCCGUGUACUCGUUGUCUUCGUAUCUGUAGUGUAUAUAAUCACCAUGGCACGCUUUGCAGUUAUCCUCCCUGGCUAUAGAAUUGCUGCACCUUCUUAUUCAGUCCGACCGGAGACUGAGCUAAAUUUCUCAUUCACCGCUGCGAUGUAACUCUAGAUUUGCAAUCAGAAUCGGUAUUAUGUCCUCCACCCAAGGAUGCAUGGAGAAUUGUUACAAGCUCUGAAUCUCACACUGCGAACUCUCUCACAUCCAGAGUUAGAGUUGACUGCGCUGUUUGUCGAGAACUGUUUGAGCAUGUCCUUCGAUCUGUUUGUGCGAC